CACCCCCGCCGCCGCAAAUAAAGCUGUUGCCCGGGGCCAUCCCGCCGCAUUCACUCGGGAGCUGGGUUGUCCGGGCUGAGCUGAGCAAACAUGGGUUCGGGGCUCGCAGCCGCCGCUCUACUCGCCGUCCUGGCGCUGGCGACAGCCGCAGCUGCAGGUGGUGGCCGUCCGAUUGUGGUCACCAGCUACGGGCCACUGGAGGGGAAGCGUGUGUCGGUGAGAGGGACGGACACGCCUGUCUACAGCUACCUGGGGAUCCCUUUCGCCAAACCCCCCGUCGGCCCCCUGCGGUUCUCGAGGCCGGAGCUGCCCGAGGGGUGGACCGGGACCAGGAAAGCCACGGCCUUGGCCCCAGGGUGCCCACAGGACUCCGUCAUGGAGGACAUGCUGCUGGCGAUAUUGAAGAUCACGUUGACCCCGCGGGCGUACAGUGAGGACUGCCUGUACCUGAAUGUACACACUCCCGUCAGCCCCACCGACACCCAGACCAAGCUGCCCGUGAUGGUGUGGAUCCACGGCGGUGGUUUUACGAUCGGCAGCGCCACGUACUACGACGCCUCGCCGAUGGCAGCGUACGAAGGGGUGGUGAUAGUGGUGAUCCAGUACCGGCUGGGGUUGCUCGGCUUCUUCAGCACGGGUGAUGCUGCAAUGCCGGCAAACCUGGGCAUGUUGGAUCAGGUUGCAGCCCUGCAGUGGGUCCAAGCAAACGUCGCCAGUUUCGGGGGCGACCCCCGCUCCGUCACCAUCUUCGGGCAGUCGGCCGGGGGGAUAAGUGUCUCGCUGCUGCUCGUUUCCCCGCUGGCCUCUGGCCUGUUUCACAGGGCGAUCUCGGAAAGUGGCACCGCGUUACUGGAGGGCUUUAUCACCAGAGAUGCAAUGUCAUCAGCUCAGCUGGUGGCCAACAAGACGGGCUGUGGCAUGGACACUUCACAGGAACUGGUUAACUGCCUGAGGACCAGGUCAGAAGAAGAGAUGGUGACCAUCAGAAAAACCAUUCGGAUCGCACCUAUAGUGAUGGAUGGAGUGUUCCUGACCAAAGAAGUUGAUCAACUCCUUAAGGCAAAGCAGUUCCACAUGGUCCCGUAUCUGUUGGGAGUCACUAAUCAUGAAUGUGGCUGGUUCUUGGCUCAGCUCGUGAAUCAGCCUGGCUGGCAGGAAGGAAUGGACAGAGAGAUGGUUGAGAAUGCCAUCAGAUCCUUAAAUCUGCUGCCGCCGGAGGAGAUGGAGCAAGUCCUGGAUGAAUACUUGGGAGACACGCGGGACAGGACUCGGAUCCGGGACCUAUACCUUGAGCUGUUGGGAGACUUGUUCAUGGUGUUGCCAACUAUCCGCACUGCAAGGUUAUGCCGAGAUGCGGGCGGCCCGGUGUUUCUGUAUGAGUUCCAGCACAGCACCAGCAUCGUCCGCCCCGACCGGCCCGACUUUGUGAAGGCUGACCACGGAGAAGAGAUCGGCUACGUCUUUGGUGCUGCCUUCUGGGACGGAGACGUGGUUUUAUUAGAGAACGUCACGGCAGAAGAGGUGGCUUUAAGCAGAACUAUGAUGAGUUACUGGGCCAACUUUGCCAAGAACGGGGACCCGAAUGGUGAGGGGCUGGAGUUGUGGCCGGUCUACGGCAGGAACGAGAGCUACCUGCAGCUGGACGUGAGCCAGAGUGCCGGGACCCAGCUGAAGGAGCAGCGGAUGAGGUUCUUCACCGAGACCCUGGGCUACGGCGUACGGUCGGAGAGGGAACCGCCCCAGACAGGGGCGUGACGCGCAAUUUUCCAGUUAGAUGGAGCAGCUUUGGAUGGUUGUGCACGGGACCUCUGCUGUCUUGUCGUCGUGUUGGAACGCCUGGACCUGUGGCGUUGCCACUCGCUGCAGCUGCUCGUUCUUUCAUUACCGUUAUUUUGAAUUUAAUUCUGGUGAUUCGCUGUCUCCAAUCCCAACAGGAAAUGCCUCUUGGGGAAAUAAUGCAUUGUCAGCCUCUGCAAUAAAAGGACAAUACGUAAACAGCCAAC